AACACCAUAACAGCGAGAACUCAAAUCGUUGAAAUUGAAUAUUCCUAUCAUGCGAACACGUCACCCUGAAGGAACUGAGGUCGUCAGCAGUCGCAGUGCGUCGCCCAACGCGUGUGGAACGCGAAAUAACGAUCCCAUAGCCUCAAGAGGUGGCAUGGCCAGUACCAAUACAGGAGCACGCUACUCAACUUACGGGGUACCUUUGGAACGUACUGCUCUAUCUAGAUCGCGAGGAAAACCAACCAGUAACCCCAGAAGAGAUGAGAACAGUGGUUAUGGCAGCAAUAUCCCUGGUCGGAAAGGUCAUGAGGACCCCUAAUAUGACGGCGGUACAUCAGAAGAUGAGCACCAUAUACACAGAAAUGACGGCGAACGCGAACAGCACGGUGAAAGAGAUAUAUAACAUCAAAGAGGAACUCAAGAAUCUGGUGGUGAAGGUACAAAAAGGCAUCACAGUGGGCGAGACAGCUACCGUGGCAGCGACUGAGGCCGCGGAAGUAGGCAAGACAGUCGCCGCUAUGGCGAGAGAUAUAAAGAACAAAGGAACACAGCAUCAGACAGGAGGACCAAUGAGCUAUGCUGCUGCGGCAGCACAUGGUGCUCUGAUCAUAAAUACACACAGCACACAGAAUACUCAUAAUACUCCAUCUCUAGUGCAGCGUGAGAUCAUCAUGAAUAUAAGAAAUGCCCAGACAAUCCAACACCUACGCUCCAUGAAUCCGCGUAUCAUGAAAGCCCAUAUUGACAUAGCCAUCGCCCAGAGCGAAAAUGAACACAUAGCUAAGAUCACCACCAUAUCAGCCAACCAGCUUAAGAGCAGGGAUCUCAGCAUCAGAACAGCAACGAACAGUGAGAUGCAGACGCUCCGUGAAUUCACAGAUGACUGGGUUCCUCGACUCGGAAGCGGAACUAUACACACUAGUAUGAUAAACACUGAGAGGUUCGAGGAGGUCAAAGCCGAAAUCCUGCAAGCUAACAGAGUAUUCCUCCCUACAGCAGACAUCAAAUACAUUGGCUGGCUGACUAGGAGACCACUAAACAAAUUAAUGUCGUCCAUCGUCAUCAAGUUCACAUAA